AUGACUAUUAAUGCCGGUGUUCCUCAGGGAUCCGUCCUCUCUGCAACAUUGUUUCUUCUGCACAUAAACGACCUUCUUAAACCAAACAUGUUCGGAUAUGCAGAUGAUACUACUGUUGUAGAGAGGUAUCUAUCCAAUGCCCAAGCAUCCCAAAUCAUUACCAAAUCCGAGCGGCAGGCCAUGGUUACGCGUAUGAACUCAGCCUUACAGGAUGUCGCUAGUUGGGGUGACGCUAAUCUAGUUGAGUUUAACGCAAAAAAAACACAAGCGUGUUUUUUCACUGCCAAACGGACUUCCCUUCACCUGACUCCAUAUUUCUGCGGCGUACCGAUUUCAUUAAACAACAGCCUUGAUCUACUUGGUGUAUCGAUUUCUGCAAAUCUCAACUUCGGCCAAUUCAUCGAGUCCAAAGCCCAAGUAGCAGCCAAAAAACUUGGAAUACUUGCUAAAGUGAGACAUUACUUCACACCGGAACAGCUUCAUGAACUUUAUCAAGCCCAAGUUCGGUCGUGUGUGGAGUAUUCUAGCCAUCUCUGGGCGGGUUCCGCCAAAACUCACCUUGGAGCUUUGGACUCCAUUGAAAGGCGAGCUUGCAGAAUUAUUGCCGAUCCCUCAUUGAUUCGUAGUAAACUCCAAAGUCUGGAUCACCGCCGGCAAGUUGCAUGUCUGUCGGUCUUCUACAAAAUACAUUUCGGUGAAUGUGCAUACGAACUCCACCACCUCAUUCCACCUUCUCCAUUUUUUUAUCGGACAUCCAGGCGCGGAAUGGAACUCCAUCCCUUCACAGUCGAUAUACCGCACAAACGCACUCAGCGUUACGCGAACUCUUUUUUCAUUCGAACUGCGAAGGAGUGGAAUUCUCUUCCAUCGUCGGUGUUCCCGGACCAUUACAAUCUGCAGCUCUUCAAGUCUAGAGUGAAUAGGCUUCUUCUAGGCAGACGUGCUCCUACAUAG